AUGAGUGGAGGGAAUCUGUGGAAAGCACUGGUUCUCUCUCCUUGCCUGCCGUCGCUGCUAUGGCUGCUGGCCAUCCAAGGCCCAAAAUGGGGAGAUGCUCACCCACAGUGUCUGGACUACAAGCCCCCCUUCCAGCCCCUAGAACCUCUGGUCUUCUGUAAGGAAUAUGCCAAAUUUGGUUGCUGCGACCUGGAGAGGGACCACCAGAUCUCUCAACGUUUCUAUCAGAUCAUGGAAUACUUUGAUCACUCUGGAUACAUGGCCUGUGGAAAGUACAUCCGCAGUAUCCUGUGCCAGGAAUGUUCUCCAUAUGCAGCCCACCUAUAUGAUGCUGAGGAUGCUAACACACCGAUGCGAGAGCUGCCAGGGCUAUGUGGUGACUAUUGUUCCAGCUUCUGGCACCAGUGCCGCUACACGCUCAGCCUUCUAACUGACAACAAUAUUACCACUUCCAUUGAGGAAGACCACACCAAGUUCUGUGCUUUCCUGGAGUUGAAGGACCGUGAGUACUGCUAUCCAAAUGUGCUGACAAAUGCUGAGUUAAAUGCCAACCUGGGCGACGUUCGGGCUGACCCUGAUGGCUGUCUGCAGCUGUGCCUUCAGGAAGUCGCCAAUGGCCUGCGUAACCCUGUUGCCAUGGUGCACGCUAACGAUGGUACACAUCGCUUCUUUGUGGCGGAACAGCUGGGCUAUGUGUGGACCUACUUGCCCAACGGUUCUCGUGUGGACAGACCAUUUCUUAACCUGACCAAAGCCGUGCUAACUUCUCCAUGGGCUGGAGACGAGAGAGGCUUCCUCUGCAUGGCUUUUCACCCAAGGUUCAGUGUUGUUCAGAAGGCCUAUGUCUACUACUCUGUGUCAGUGAAGAAGGAAGAGAGAAUCCGCAUUAGUGAGUUCACACUGUCAACUGACGAUAUGAACAUGCUAGACCACUCCUCUGAGAGAACCCUUUUGGAAGUUGUGGAACCUGCAUCAAAUCACAAUGGAGGGCAGCUGUUAUUUGGUGAAGAUGGUUAUCUCUACAUUUUCAUUGGAGAUGGGGGAAGAGCUGGAGACCCUUUUGGAAAAUUCGGAAAUUCCCAAAACAAGUCCACACUUCUUGGCAAAGUGCUGCGCAUAGACGUGGACAACAACAAUGACGGUGCCCCCUACAGCAUCCCCCCAGACAAUCCUUUUGUGGAUGAGAAGGGUUCAAGGCCAGAGAUCUAUGCCUAUGGGGUGAGAAACAUGUGGCGCUGCUCCAUUGACCGCGGAGACCCUGUCACAGGCCGGGGGCAGGGUCGGAUAAUCUGUGGUGACGUUGGCCAGAAUAAGUUUGAAGAAGUAGACAUCAUCGUUAAAGGAGGGAACUAUGGAUGGCGAGCAAAAGAGGGUUUCUCCUGUUAUGACAAAAAACUCUGUCUGAACUCAUCACUGGAUGAUAUCUUGCCAAUUUUUGCUUACCCACACAAACUGGGGAAGUCAGUGACUGGUGGGUACAUUUACCGUGGAUGUCAGAUGCCAAACCUCAAUGGUCUCUACAUCUUUGGGGAUUUUAUGAGUGGACGGCUGAUGUCACUGAAGGAGAACUUGACCACAGGGAAAUGGGAGUAUAGAGAAAUCUGCAUGGGACAGGACAAAACAUGCAAUUUUCCAAAACUGAUUAACAGCUACUAUAAAUACAUAAUAUCAUUUGGUGAAGAUGAGGCAGGUGAGCUAUACUUCCUAGCCACAGGGGCUCCCAGUGCGGCAGCAAGAGCAGGCAUGGUGUAUAAGAUAAUAGAUCCAUCCAGGAGAGCCCCUCCAGGCAAAUGCAGCUUCAAGCCAUCUCCUGUUAAGAUAAAGGGCAAGUUGAUUCACUUCCACGCAAAAGAGGAAUUUGUUAUUAACAAGAAACCUACAACUCCAGCUCCUACCACACCAAAGACUAGAGCUACCACCAAGCCCACUCCAACCACAACCCCAAACCCACGUUCCACAACCCCCAAACCACGUACAACAAUUUCAAAACUGCGCACCCCCAGACCAAAAGUUACAUAUAGACCAGCCACUGCAAAACCUACUUCUUUCAGAAAGCUACAGAAGCCCGCAUCGACAGUAACACCACAUCCAACAACCACUCUGAGCCAAGCUAACACAGUAAGACCAGGGUACAUGACUACUAUGCGAAUAAGACAUAUUCAGACUCCUGCUCUCUUGCCAACACCCCGACCAAGGGCAACAUAUGCCACCCCUCAAAGGAGGCCUACACAAACAACCAUCCGACCCUCAACCUCCAUCCAACGCUGGUAUACCUCCAUGACCACUCCGAGACCCAUGUACUGGACACCAGCCCCCAAACCCACAUCGAAGAUCCAGCAGCCCAAUAUCACCCUCCCCAAAUCUCAGGAGAAGCUUCUGAAAGGGCAGGAGGACAAUUCAGACCAGCGAGGGGGGAACCAUGUCAAUAAAAGGGGCAGAGGCUCCAAGCACAGAAAGAAUCAGCGCCGGAAGUCACGGGCAGGGAGAGUGCGAUUAGUCAGUGCUGAGAACCAUGCUGACCGUGGUCGGGUGGAAAUCUUUGUGAGGGGUGAAUGGGGUACUGUUUGUGAUGACCUGUUUAACAGCAAGGCUGCUACUGUAGUGUGCCGACAGUUGGGGUUCCCUGCAGCACUGCGUGUGGCUAAAAGGGCAGAGAUGGGGUCAGGAACCGGACUCAACAUCUUAUUGGAUGAUGUGGAGUGUGAAGGCACAGAGAGGACGCUGUUGCAAUGCAAGCAUGCCAAACUGGGCAAACACAACUGCUCCCACCGAGAAGAUGUGGGCGUGGUGUGUGGCUAUGAUAAACCUGGAGAGGACUGA